AUGUCUAGCAAAGUUAAAGCCGCUUUGGCCAAUGACAGCAAGAGAAACACUUUGCUAAACAAGAUUCAGUCUGAAUUGAAAAUGGCAUGUUUAUCGUCAAAAAACAAUAAUAUUAAAACUUGUUAGACAAGGACAAUGUGACAUUUUAAAAACCAUAACUUUAUUUUAAAAAAUUAGUUUAGAAUUAACAAUAAGAUUCAUUUUUAGUGUCAACAAAAGAAAGAAUGUAGUGCAUCAUGUGUAUCAGGAAUAAAUGCUUGCAUUGCCAAGCAAAGAAACUCUAACACCUUGAUUUCCAACCCUACUAGCUGUUGCGACGAUUGUUAA